AUGCCCUCCGGUUUUCCUCAGUCUCCACGUACGUCCCCGAGGGCGCGUCCCAAAACCCGGAUAACCGGAGCGCUCCCCAUGGACUACAGGGAGGGCUCGCCCGCGGAGGAGCGGCCUGCGCAUGCUCCAUCGUCGGGGAAAUUUGGUGAGCGGCCUCCACCUAAACGACUCACUAGGGAAGCUAUGCGAAAUUAUUUAAAAGAACGAGGGGAUCAAACAGUACUCAUUCUUCAUGCAAAAGUUGCACAGAAAUCGUACGGAAAUGAAAAACGAUUUUUUUGCCCUCCUCCUUGUGUGUAUCUUAUGGGCAGUGGUUGGAAGAAAAAAAAAGAACAAAUGGAACGAGAUGGUUGUUCUGAACAAGAGUCUCAACCCUGCGCAUUUAUUGGAAUAGGAAAUAGUGACCAAGAAAUGCAGCAGCUGAACUUGGAAGGGAAGAACUACUGCACAGCCAAAACAUUGUACAUAUCUGAUUCAGACAAGAGAAAACACUUCAUGUUGUCUGUAAAGAUGUUCUAUGGCAACAGUGAUGACAUUGGUGUGUUCCUCAGCAAGCGGAUAAAGGUCAUCUCCAAACCUUCCAAGAAGAAGCAGUCAUUGAAAAAUGCUGACUUGUGCAUUGCCUCAGGAACAAAGGUGGCAUUGUUUAAUCGACUUCGGUCUCAGACGGUUAGUACUAGAUACCUGCAUGUAGAAGGAGGAAAUUUCCACGCUAGUUCACAACAGUGGGGAGCAUUUUACAUUCAUCUCUUGGACGAUGAUGAAUCGGAAGGGGAGGAGUUCACAGUUAGAGAUGGUUACAUCCAUUAUGGACAGACUGUCAAGCUUGUGUGCUCAGUUACUGGCAUGGCACUCCCAAGAUUGAUAAUUAGGAAAGUUGAUAAGCAGACAGCAUUACUGGAUGCAGACGACCCUGUAUCACAACUCCACAAGUGUGCAUUUUAUCUUAAGGAUACAGAAAGAAUGUACUUGUGCCUUUCUCAAGAGAGAAUAAUCCAGUUUCAGGCCACUCCAUGUCCAAAAGAACAAAACAAAGAAAUGAUAAACGACGGGGCUUCCUGGACAAUCAUCAGCACAGAUAAGGCCGAGUACACGUUCUAUGAGGGGAUGGGCCCUGUCCUCGCCCCAGUCACUCCUGUGCCUGUCGUAGAAAGUCUUCAGUUGAAUGGCGGCGGGGACGUAGCAAUGCUUGAACUUACAGGACAAAACUUUACUCCAAAUUUACGAGUGUGGUUUGGGGAUGUAGAAGCCGAAACAAUGUACAGAUGUGGAGAGAGCAUGCUCUGUGUGGUCCCAGACAUUUCUGCAUUCCGAGAAGGUUGGAGAUGGGUCCGGCAGCCAGUCCAGGUUCCAGUAACUUUGGUCCGGAAUGAUGGAAUCAUUUACUCCACCAGCCUUACCUUUACCUACACACCAGAACCAGGGCCCAGGCCACACUGCAGCGCAGCAGGAGCAAUUCUCAGAGCCAGCUCCAGCCAAGUGCCCACCAGUGAGUCACACACAAACAGCGAGGGGAGUUACACAAAUGCCAGCACAAAUUCUACCAGUGUCACAUCGUCCACAGCAACCGUGGUGUCCUAACUACCGUCUUUUUGCUGGGACUUAAACUGACUUGAAUGCGGCAGAAGUUGACAGAAAAAGGCAAGGAUAAAGUGAACAGUCUUUGUGGUUUCUGGGGAGACGUUUCAUACCAGGUGAUCUAUUCAAAACUGCAAGUGCAGACGUGAGAUGCAGGAGCCACAGUGAGAUGAACAACAGCAAAACGUACAGGCUGUUGGAAAUCCAGGUUUUCAGCUGUCUCUCACACACCCCUUUUUGGUUGCUUUUGGUUUGGUUUUGAUUUAAUGGUCAAGAAAUAGAUUUGUGGCUGGAGUACAGGUUAAGCUAGAAGACAAGACACAAACCUAACAUAGUUUUUAUGGACCAAGAGACUUGCAUAAGCUUUAGUAAAGGUACAUUUUCACCAUGCCUUUUUUAUAUCACAGGAUGUAGUACACCUUGUUACCAAACAGGUUGCGCUCCCCACCCUUUGAGGGUUGGCUCUAAAGUACAUUCAGGUUCGAGCCUGACCAUGCUUGUUCAAUCUGAGUACCGAACACUUCCAGGUUCUUUUGGUCUAAGGCUGGAACUUUUUUUAAGCUGAAGUCUUAUGACUUUUUCAUAAGUUGGAAUUAUUUUGAUUUUAGCAAGUCAAAUUUUGUAAAGGCCUGCAUAUUUUUUUUAAGAUUAUAUGAAGUCUGCAAAAGCUUUAAAAAUGCCUCUGCCUUGCCUGCAAUACAUGCAAUGUAUGUUAACUUAGUCUGUUCUCAGAUACUGUUGGUAGUUAUUUCUGUGUUUUCCCUUUUUUAAAGGAAAUGUAUUUAUAGUGGUAAUCUAAGAGAUGCUAUCAGCUCAGUGUGGCCAUUUAGUCGUUUCUGAGUUCAUGGCACUGAACACCACCGUUUGAAGGCUGUGUGCCUCUGCCUGUUCAUCAGUUCAUCUGUGUUCCAGGAUUUGUUCAGGUUUCCCCUUCCCCCAAAUCUUGUACAUAACUUGUAUUAUGUGUAAGUUAAACAUUUUAUCUUUACUUGGAAUGUUCCCAGUGAUUACAUUUAACAGAGUGUUUCCCACCUUGUUGGCAAAUGACAAAAAAUAUCAUGAGAAUUAUUUGCUACCAAGAUGGUACCCUUAGGGUAAAAUGAGGAAAGUCUCUGCAGGAUGAUUUAUUGUAUUUUUUUUUUUUUUUUUUUUUUGCCUAGCCAGAACAUCAUUAUAAUUUUAAACAUAAGACCAUAAGAUGGCUUUUAUUAGAUGAUAACUAAAUAAACUGAACUAAGUAGCCAGAAGACAGUACCUUAGAGACAGACAGUUGUAAGUUUAUAAAAAUACAAAUGUAACUUAUAUUUCCAUUUUCUUCUUUGCCCCUUUGUUUAUUUUUCCCCAGUAGAAAUGUUCUGUCCAAUUUUAUUUUCCUUUUUAGUUAAGCUUUGCUUGCAUUCAGGCUUGUGUGUCAGCCUGUGUGCUAAUAAUAUUGCCAGUUUUAUUUUCUUUCCAUCCCUCCACUUUGGUAACGCCCUGUUCAGUUUCUUGGGAAUUGCAGCAGACUCAUUGGGCUACAUUUAGUGUAAGAACCACAUAAAUGAUGUUAAAGGACACAGUCUAGUGAUGCCAUCACCUUGAGUAAAAACUACCUCUAGAUUGUGGUAAGCUUUUACUGUCCCUUAAAACAGAGCCACUAGUACCUUACAAAUGCAGACUGUAACUUCUAUGGCAUUUCUCAGUGUCUUUCUGGCUCUCUGGCCUUCUGAAAAUUUUCUCGUAGACCCUUAGACUCUUCUGUCAGGACCACUGCUCUCCAGCUUUGCUGCUUCCACUCGCCGUCUCAUAGACUGUACCACUGUACACACCACUCCGAACGUCUUUAGAUGGCUUCCCCCUUGGUUUGUCAAGGAGAAGGCCACCUGUAAAACAUGUGGCAGUGACAGCCUUCUUAUGCUCCCCGGCCUGCGCUGUACUAGCUGCUAUAGCUGACUCUCUUCAGAUCAGCUGCAGUCCACCUCCUCCCCGCCUCACCCCUCCAGGCUGUCUCAGUUGUCCAGGGCAGAGCUCACUGUGGCCUUACCUAUCUUCGCAGUAACUGUUGACGGUUUUCCUUCAGAUCUGCUUCUUUCCAAGCACCACUCCUCAGUCGAUGGAAGCAGGAGCCUGUGAUCUGCUCACAGUCUGAGCAGUUGGCAGUGCCGCUGUGCUUUCUGAAGUCCUAGAUUUAGGAUUUAGUAAAGUCGUUAACUGAGAACAGAUGAGAUGCUUUUGAAGAACAAACUAUUCCUUACCAAGCUUUGUAGCUUAAAAUAAGUUUUCAAGUUCAUGGCUUUAUUAAAAUGAACUUUGACUUUUUAAAAUGCUUAUAUCUCAUUUCGGUUUUUUUGUUUAUUUUAGUAAGAAUUGAAACAAUUAGACUAUAAGUCGUUUUUUUCUGUUUUGUUUGUUUGUUUUUUACAAAGUUCAAGAAUGUAACAAUAAAGGCAUUUUCUUAUGGUUCUAUGUCAGACUCCUACCACAGAAUAGUGUGAACAGAUAUGUCUGUUUUACCAUGUUAUUGAUAGUCCUUUUGUCAGCUGCUCUUAUUAAAAGUCCUUUUUGUGGAUUUGUAAAUCAAUUUCAAUAUAUGAUGUACAGGAGUCUUGUCCCCAGUUAAUGUGUAAUGUUCCCUCCCUGUUGAUGGUAUCACAGAGACUUGUCCUUUACCCUCUUCUUAGAAUGGGAAUUCUUCAGUGCGGUGUGUGGAUGUGUUUUUCCAUUCUGUUUAGAGUGAGUCUACAAACAUGUCUAAAUGCAGAAUCUAAGACCCACCAUGUAUUUUUGCUUUUUGAAUUUGUCAAGAGAUUGGAAUGCAGGCCAGAAACCGAAAAUGUGGGAUGCCCUUUGUACAAUUGCAGAGUCGAACACUAGUGGGGCCUUGAACUUGCUGCUGACCGCUCUUAAACUAUGGCAACUUCCUUGUGUGCAGUUAACUAGAACUGCCAUCAUCAACCUUGACAGUUUUGUUUCUUUUCUGUGUGGUGCUGGGGUCAAAUCCAAGGCCUCAAGCUUAUUUGCUAAGGCUUUUUGUUUGCUUUUUCAUGAGACAAGGGUCUCAUCCAUCUAGCCCCUCAGGGCAUUCUUGAAAGUUCCUGCCUUAGCUUCCAGGUCCUGGGGUGGCAGGUAUGGCAAGGUGCCAGUACUGCUUUUAUCUUUAGAGAAACUAGUCUGUGUCCAGCCAUAGAAAUUCCAAUGCAAUUUUUAAUAAUCCACUAGUUACUUAAUCAAAAUCUUUUUGUGGGGAGAGAUUCCUGUUUGAAAGAAAAUGUUAUUUGAUUAUUAACCAGGUUAACAGAAAUUGUUUUCCAAAGCAGCUGUGUUUCUGGUGAGUACUGAACAAAUGUGUGAUUUUCUGUGUCACUUUUGAUUUAUUUUUCAAGCACUGUUACUUGGGAUGGAUGAUUAGAAACAUAAUCUUUUAGUGUUUCUACUUAACCCUUUCAGGACUGAGCUGUAUUGCUUUCUAUUAGUUUCUCCCUGUGUCGUGAUAAAUGUUUGCCAGCAUUCAGUACUGUGUCGGUCCAGAUGUCAGUUUAUGUAAAAGCUCAGUUUUAGCUUAUUUCUUGUACCUUGCAGCAUGCUCUACACAUUCAGUCCCUACGGGGUUUACUUUACAAACUGUGCGCCUGUAAGGGUUAUUAGCAAUAAGAUAGAAAAUUGAGCAAGUUUAUACCAUAAUUUUGUAGAAAAAGGAAUCUGCUCAAUUCCAUAUUUCAUCCAUGAAAACUCUGCAAUACGGGCAGUUUCUAGGAAUAAAUAAAAAGGAAAUGUAAACCAUUGUAAAUGUCUUCUGUGGAAUGUGCUUGAUGCAUGUAUCAUCGUCUCUGAUUCCAGAUACUUCAUAAAGAUCAAAUUAAAUCCUAUAUUAUAGUUUGUGGACUAGAA